UUUCGAUCGAAAAAUAGCGGGAAAAAAGCGCGGGAAAGAUAGUGCUAUAGUAAUGGCUGCUUAAGUGCCUUAACGUUAAAUUGAUCGUAUGCAACGAAUAAAGUAUCCUCAAAUAGGUAGAGUGGAUAUAUUUAUUUUUAAAAAAUGGAAUAUACUAAAAGAAGACGAUAUGCAAUUAAAGUGAAAAGUAAUGAUCUUGAGGAUAUCUAUCCUCAUGAUCUACAAAUGUAUGAUUUUCCUCCAAGAGGUGAAGUACUACUUACAGAAUUUGAACAGUUGGCUAAAGAAAGAUUAAGACUUUUAUUACACAUUGAAAACAAUGCAAAUAGAACAGAUUUUAAGACAUUAGAAGAGCGUAAACAAAAUCUAAACACAGCUUUAACUAAAGAUGGACUUAAAUAUUAUGCACAUCUUUUGUAUGCAAAGGGAUGCAAAACACCGACAGAAACAGAUUUACAGUAUAGAAGAAAGGAUCAUAUAUCACAUUUUAUAUUGAGACUAUCACAUUGUUUUGAGCCAGAUAACCAAACAUGGUUUAUUAAUCAAGAAGUAGAAUUUUUUAAAUUAAGAUUCAACUCAUUAGAUAAAGAAGGAGUAGAAAAGUUACUUAGUAUGCAUAAAAUUGAUUGCCAGCAAAUUACAUCAGAAGAAAAAGAUGAACUUAGGGAAGAACUUGGUUCAUCCACCGCAAAAGUAAAAAAUGUUGAUAUGACAGAGUUUUAUAAAGUGCCCUUUCAAAAAGUCACUGAUUUAAUUAGAUCACGCAGGGUUUAUCUGAAUCAAGGAAUAGCAUUUAUACCACAAACUGACUUAGUAUCUUUGUUUGUUUCUUGUUUUAGGAAAAAUUUAGUUGAUGGUAUGCCAGAUGCAAGAAUGUCUGUUGGACGUGUGUAUGGUGAUGAAAGAAUAGCCUCGUGUCUCAAAUCUGUACAUAAUGUUUCUGAAAGGACAACUGUUCUUUGGACUAGUGCUGCUACACCUAUAGAUAAGUUGGAUGAGUUAUCAAAAACUUCGUAUCCUUUGUGCAUGAGAGUAUUACACGAAGCACUUAGAACUCACCACCAUCUAAAAAACAGUGGGCGUAUUCAGUAUGGUUUAUUUAUAAAAGGUAUAGGAGUAACAUUGGAAGAUGCUUUAUCCUUCUGGAAAACCGAAUUCACAAAGAAAAUUGACCCAGGAAAAUUUGAUAAAGAAUAUGCCUAUACUAUAAGGCAUACUUAUGGUAAAGAGGGUAAACAAACAAAUUACACUCCUCUUGGGUGUACAAAAAUUAUAUCUUCUGCUGUAAGCGCUGGAGAAUAUCAUGGUUGUCCAUUUAAACACAUGGAUCAAGGAUCGUUGAGACAAAAAUUAUUUAAUUAUGGUGUAACUGCAGCAAGUAUUAAUGAAAUAACAGACCUUGCUAAAGAACAAAAUUACUUUGGUGCUUGUACAGCAUAUUUUGAAUUUAUACAUGAUCGUUUACCAGAUAAACCUAUUAAUCAUCCAAAUGUAUAUUUCAUGGAAAGUCGUGCCAUAUUGUCUAAGGAUAAUGCAGCAGAACCUGAAAACAAAGAAAGACUCUCACAAAGUGGGAGGCACAAUAUUGGUAGUCCUGGAAUUGGUACUCCCCGAAACAUCGACAGAAAUGUUAGUACACCUUUAAGAAGUGCAAUGACACCUUCGAGAAGUAUAGAUAAAGGUUCCACACCAUCAAGAAGAAUGGCAAGAAUGAACUCGACCCCGACUAGAGCUGCUAGACCAACCCCAAAAAGGAUCGAAAAUCAUCUUAAUGAUGAUGAUAUCGCUCAAUUAAUGAGUGAAGACAUGUGAAGUAUAAAAAUAUAUUUGCUAAACUUUGUAUCGUGUUUUUGUUGUAAAAUAAAUAAUAUUUUUAUACCUUG